GAAAACCAUUUGUUGACAUUAAUUAAUUUGACAUUUCAUUUCACAGCUUUGGGCAGCCUGCUGUGUGUGUCGAGCGAGUGAUUUUGUGUAUUUUAAUUAAAUAAUCAUCAACUAUAGUUUUGUGGAUAUUGUGGCUAGUUAAUAUUUAAUGUUAUAGCUCUUAACUGAGAUUAGGAAGUGUAGAUCUUCAAAAUAUUCUUAGUUAUAAUAUGUGAAAGUGUUUUCUUCGACUUCCAACCCACGUUCAUUGAAAAAUGGAGGUGUCCCAUUCCCUGACUCUGAAUGAGUCUGCUCUGCAGCAGCUACCUGAUGAUAAGAAGCCACACUUCAUAUUUGAGUGGCUCCGAUUCCUUGACAAAGUACUUGUGGCUGCACAUAAGUCUGACAUCAAAAGCUGCCAGCAAAAAUUGGUGGCUCAGCUAGUCAACCUUUUACGAGAGAACCUUGGUGGACCGGCAAGGAGGUUGCUAGCUAGGAACUUGGCUACUUUAUUUUCUGUGGGAGACACGUUCCUACUAUUUGAUACAGUUAACAAAUGCAAUGACAUCAUCAAGGUUAAGGAUGACUCUCCGUCUUAUUUACCAACAAGACUGGCUGCCAUAUGUUGCCUCGGCAGUAUGUAUGAGAAACUUGGACGUAUGAUGGGAAGGUCAUAUGAAGAGACGGUGACAACCCUAGUUAGGUCUCUGAAAAAUGCUGAAUCACAAACUAGGCUGGAGAUUAUGAAUACUCUUGAAAAGAUCUGCGUAGGCAUGGGCACAGCGGCCCCCGCGGCCGUCCGCGAAGUCUCCCGCGCCGCCCGCGCCGCCCUCGUCUCCGAGAGAGCGACGGCAGUGAGAGCGGCAGCAGCACAUACUUUACGGCAUCUACUGCCGUUGAUGCGUUUGACGCCGGCGGACUUGGAUGCUAUUGCGGCGGCGUGUUUGAGAGCUGCGCAUUCGAGUGAUUAUUCUUUGAGGUGCGCUAUAGCGGAACUCCUUGGCGCAUUAAUAGCAAUCACGCAAGCUGGAGAAGUUACCAAUCUCAAUUCUAAACUGAAGGUUGGAGCUCAAUCAGUGCAACAAAAGAAAGACCCGCCAAAGAACGUGGUAUCUCUAGACGAGGCGUUAAACUUGCUGAUGGGCGCGUUCCUUCGCGGCGGCACCUCAUUCCUUAAGGGAGAGAUCAUCAAGUCCAGUUCCGGUGUUAAUAGGGAAGUUCGCGUCUGUGUUACACAUGCAUAUGUGGUAUUCGUACAAAAUAUGGGAGGCGUGUGGCUGGAACGUAAUAUGACAACGUUCUUGAACCACGUGUUGGAUUUAGUGGCUAAUCCUAAGGCGGCCAGCUCGCAUGUCGACGCUGUUUAUUCUAGAAAAUGCAUAAACUACAUCCUACGCAACACUCUGGGCAAGAUGUUAGGCGAGAAGGCGCAGGCGUCGGCGUGUCGUGAGAUCAUACAGAUUGUCAUCAAGCAGAUGAACAGUAUUGACUUCAAUCCCGAGAACGCUAAGGAUUGUAAUCAGGAGACGCUAUUCAGCCAGCACUUGCUAGUAUGCGCGCUGAUGGAGGCGGGGGAACUGGCUUUACAACUGGGAACAUCAGUGCAGAACCUCGUGUCUGACACCUCGCUCAACAUGCUCGAUGCGAUUUGUACUGUAUUAGAACACCCAUGUGUGGCAGCGCGACUAGCUGCGGCGUGGUGUAUCCGCUGCGUGUGCGUGGCGUUGCCGUCGCAGAUCACGCCGCUCAUCGACAAGUGUGUUGAUGCCCUUGACGCCGCCAGGCCUACGCCUCAUCAUAUCUCUGGAUAUUCAGCAGCCUUAGCAGCAAUCCUCGGCGCGGUCCGUCUCUCCCCACUGGGUGUCCCUCACGGCAGAGGCAAGGUGGCUUUCAAUGCCGCUGAACAACUGCUCAGGUCUGCUGGACAGAGUAGCCGGUUGACUGCCGCCAGGACUAAUGCUGGAUGGCUUAUUGUGGGAGCUAUUUGUACUCUUGGUGUACCUGUGGUCCGUGGCUUAUUACCCAGGAUGUUACUUCUAUGGCGCAACAGUUUCCCGCGAUCAGCCAAAGAGCUGGAAUCUGAGAAGUCCAGAGGAGAUGCUUUUACUUGGCAGGUGACAUUGGAAGGUCGUGCCGGAGCCCUAUCGGCGUUACACAGCCUGCUGAUCCACUGUCCUUCACUAGUGAACAACGAUGACACCGCCAAACGUCUCAUGCAGCCUAUAGACGGCGCCAUCGCUGUACUUACAAACGUGAGCACAGUAGUCCGCUCAUACGGCGGAGCCCUGAAGGCGCCGGCGGCGUUGCUGCGGCUGCGCGUGUACCAGGCGUGCUGCGGGCUGGGCGCGGCCGCCGCGCCGCCGCCCGCGCCGCUGCUGCGCCUGCUGGCCGCAGAGCUAGCGGGCGCAGCUGACCCCAGUGGCGCUAGUGUAGCUACAGGUACUCUUCGAAGCGCGAUGCAUCCACGCGACACAAUACUUUUGGGCGAAGAAGGCUGGAUAUACGAUACAGACCACGCUGAAAUUGAAGAACAGCUGAUCUCAGCACUCAGCGCCCGCGGGUCGACGGCGCUGGAGCACGACCCGUGCUGCGUGUACCGCGGCGCCACGGGCGCGCAGCCGCUCGGCGUGGCCGUCAUCGACGCCUCCGUCGCGCUCUUCCCGCAGAUACUCGCGCGAGCCGCCAACAAGCACAGACAACAAAUGCUAGAGCACUUCGCGGAAUGCAUCAAGAUGUCUAAAGGGGCUCGUCAAGAAGCUAUACAAAUUAACAUAUACACCGCGCUACUGUUAGCGCUAAGGACAUUAGCUGAACAGAAGAGCUCGCUCGGACAGGAUGCUGUCAAGAAUAUCGCUACUGAACUUGUUAUUAACGGCCUCUCAGCCAACAGCGCAACGGUUCGGGCCGCGGCCGCAUCUUGUGCCGGCCGACUCUGCGGCUGCAUCACGGAAGCCGAAAGCCAAGCGCUUUCCGAGAAAGUGAUAAACCUAGCGCGUACAGCGGUCAAUAGAUCCGUUCGUGCGGCCGCUGCAGCCGCUGUGGGGGCGGUACAAAGAGCCAGGGGCGCGACGUCAAGCGCUGCAGCGCUGCCCGUGCUGAGGGCUCUAGCGCAGGAUACGGCGGCUGUUGAGUUGCAAGUUUGGUCUCUCCACGCGCUCUCAGUGCUAGCCGACGCUUCAGGCCCCAUGUUCCGAGGCCACGUGGAAUCUACUCUGAACUUAGCUCUGAAGCUAUUAUUCAGUGCCCCCGGCUUUCAGGAGGAUUUACAUCGAAGUAUAGGACGACUGCUGUCAGCUUUGAUUACUGUCGUCGGGCCUGAGUUACAAGUGGUAGCAGUAGGUCGUUUCGUAUGUGCUUGCGCGGCGCUGGGCGAGUGCGGCGCGGGGGCGCGGGCGGAGGCGACGGGCUGCCUGCAGCAGCUGCAGAUGUUCGCGCCCGACCACAUCAACCUGCACACACUCGUGCCGCAUCUCUGUCGUGACCUAUCAAGUUCGGAGCUGACAGUUCGUCGCGCGGCAUUAUGCUGCUUGCGUCAGUUGUCGCAGAAGGAGGCGGCCGAGGUGUGCAAGCACGCGCUCUUGGCCAAAGACCAUGUACCCGCCAAGCCUUAUUGUGGUGUCGUAAUAACGGAGACGGGCCUACCGGGUGCGUUGUUCGCGUUUCUCGACAGCGAACGCGACGAGACGGCUCUGUCGUACGCUCGAGACACGCUAACGUGUGCCCUGUUAGCGGCCGCCUCGCGACGCGAUCUGCGCGACUGGCUGGCGCUGGCGAAGCGAGUGCUUACUAUCAGGCUGGAGGACAGCAACAAUCCAGAGACAGACUUCGACGGCGAAGGUGAUGAUGAUCAGGCAGAGUUCCACGCCGAGUCUGAGACCUCCACACAUCCCGCCGUGCAGUCAAGAUGGCCGACUAGGGUAUUCGCAAUGGAAUGCAUACAGAAGAUAAUGGGCGCGUGCGAGGCGACCGGCGACGCCGCUCACUUCGACCUCGUCAAAGCUAAGGAGAAGCUGCAGAAUCAACCUGACGGAGACUACCUAUCCCUGCAUCUGUCGGACCUGGUCCGCAUGGCGUUCGUGGGCGCUACGGGCGAGUCGGACGCGCUGCGCCUGAGCGGGCUCUACACGCUGCAGAUGAUCAUCCAGCAGUACGCCAGGGCUCCCGAGCCUGACUUCCCCGGACACCUGCUGCUGGAGCAGUACCAAGCACAGGUGGGUGCGGCAGUUCGACCAGCCUUCGCAGGGGAUACGGCGUCGCACGUGACAGCGGCUGCUUGCGAUGUUUGCUCUGCGUGGAUCGGAUGCGGCGUGGCGAGAGAUAUCAAUGAUCUUAGAAGAGUACACCAACUGCUAGUCUCCAGUUUGGACAAAUUAAACACAAAGGGCAACACCACUUUGAUUUACAACGAAAGCAUGGCAACACUCGAAAAACUCUCUAUCUUAAAAGCUUGGGCUGAGGUAUACAUAGUAGCAAUGGUCAGCAACGGCAGUGCCCCAGGUAGCUAUGUAAAACACCUCGACACGAAACCAUUCAACAACCGAGCAGAACUAGCUAAAUGGAGGAACCAGCUACUACAAAACAACAAUCAGAUAGACAACUCGGCCCCCGAAACUCCUGAGGAAGAGGAAUAUGGGGACUUUGAGUCUAAAGGAGAGAGUUUGCUGAAGUUGGUAGAACCGGAGUUAGAGAGCUUGGGGGAGAAUUGGAUUGCGGCUUUGAAAGAUCAUGCGCUGUUGAGUUUACCGCCGGAAUUCGCCUCCCAACUCCCUCACGGCGGCGGUGCGUUCUACUCAGCAGAGACAGCGGAAGCGUCACGGCAGCAUUACGCGAGGGCAUGGCCGUCACUGCUGUAUGCUGCUUCGUUACGAUUCAAUGCUAAUAUAUCAUUGCCGCAGACUGAUAAUGCUGCUGAUAAAACAGAAGGCGCUUUAGACAAUAGAUCGUCGAAGACUGAGAACGGAAACUUUGAAUUUUUCGAGCCCGUUGACGAGAGAUUCCAUUUAUUAUUCGGUAUUUGUACGGAAGCCUUGUGUGCACAACGUGACAUGACCGAUGAGAAUAUAAUCUCAGUUCUAUUGUCUUUGGUUACGCUACUAGAUGCCCCUGAAAAUAGAGCCAGGUUGCUGAAAGACAGAUCUCUAGCCAUCGAGCUGUGCCAAAUAAUCCACCGCACUGGAUUAACUCAAGAGAGCAUUGAAGCAUUGCUACUGGCCGCCGACGUGCUCCGACUCGUCAUAGAUGGCGCUAGGGAGCAACUACAUGCUAGUAUGCAGGCUAAGAUUAAAGAACUAGCACCAAACGAAGCAACUGACGGGUCGACGCCCCAAUCAGUUCUCGAAGUGGUUCACACACUAGGCGAGGGGGGUCCCACUGGCGACCUGCCCCCCGGCAAGUCCGUAGUCUUCGCAUGUCUGGAGGCCUGUCUCUGUCUCCUCGUACGGAGGCUACCGAAUCUGUCGCCGAAGAAACAUGGGGGUGCCGUGGGUGUCAUCGGCGUACCCAAAGGAUUGGGCGUCCAUGGGGAUACCUUGUUGGUGAAAAGUCUUUCGGCUAUGUCCGAGCUUCCGAGUUUGACGAGUCCUCAGGGAGCCCUCUCAAUCCUACCAACCAUCCUGUACCUAGCGACGGAGAUCCUCCGCGAGAGCAAAGGCUCGGGUGCAGCCGCCGAGGCCGGCGUGGUGCUGCUGCAGCGAGCCGCCGAGUGCCGCGCCGUGCGCGUGCACGAGCACACGCGCACGCAGCACGCUCAGCUGCUGCAGAGUGCUCUCGCCAAGCUGGUGGAGAGGGUCAAGAGUGACGAGCCAGACCAGCGCAUAGAACCAGUGAUAGGCGCCCGCGGCAUGGCGGUGGUGCUGAACCGAGCCGCGCCCGCGCCGCCGCUGCACUACCCCUGCAUCAACCACUUCCGACAGUGCCUCGAGACCAAUGAUAACGAGACGUUCUCGUCAUGCUGCUCCGUGCUCCGCUCGGUGUGGUCGAGCAGUGCCUCAGCGUCAUGCGUGUCGUGGUGGGCGCGAGGCCUGGCCGCCCGCGUCAUCGCUCGCGCGGCCGCCGCCCGCAGACCUACCGACAUGUCCCAUACUAAAGCUGCGAUUGCGGCUUUCGCGGCGUUGGAUGAGCUGGUUAAUGCUGCACCGGAUUCUGCACGUAUCAAAAUGCUGUGGCUAUUAGUACCGAUAGUGAUAUCGUACUUACGCGAGGGUGCGGAGUUGCAACGCGCUCCGCCGCACGUACGAGCGUUGCACGAGUUCGCGUUACACUGGCUUACUAAAGUCGGACCGAAGCAUCCACAGGAAUUCAAAACAAUGAUGCAACAGUCAUCCGAGUUACGUAACAAGUUAGAAAACGCUCUCAAAGCGAACCAAGCGAGCGCUCGCUCCGGCCGAUCUGCGCAGUCGCAGCGACCACUGUUCGACGCUAAACCAGCUAAACCCACCAUACAAUUGAAAACAGACUUCAGUGAUUUUAGGUAAACUUGUACACAGGAAUAUUAUUGUGGUCGAAAUAUCAAUAUUUUUAAUAUCAUGUUAGGUACUUUAACUAUCCUUUAUAUUAGGGUCUUAAACUAAUAGAUAAACAGUUGAGGAAUUAAAUAAAGCAUCUACUAAUAAGCUAUAAGAAUUCUUCAAAUAUCAAAAACUUUUAAUCAACUGUAAUAAUCCAUGUUAGGGAGAAACGGAAGAAAAAAAAUAUAUGUUGCGCCGACCCCAAAUAACUUGGGAACAGGGCAGAAAGAAGAAGAAUCAAUGAUAUAGAGCGGUAUAUAAAACAGAUCUCAUUAUUUAUUGAGUGUAGUUUGAGAACAUUUCGUGCGGAUUAAGUAAAAGUGACCGUAUUUUAUGACCCAUGAUUGUUAAGCUAUAUAAUGUGCAAUCGCAAUAAAACAAUAAUUUGUAGCAACCAUUUGGUUGUUACAUGGCGUUUGCACGAAAUACUAAAACAGAAUGAUAUAGAUUUAUUUGAGAAACAUGUAGUGAGUGUGAAUCGCCUUAAAAUCAGAAAUUACGUAAGUUAGGGGCAUUUUUAUUUGUACAAGACACGCCCAGUCGUGUUUUUGUAAAGAUAUAAGUGUCGGUUUUUAAUUUACUGACUAAUUCAGGGAAAGUGUUGCUUCCUUGAGACAAAACCAUUUUAUUGCAGAUAUAUUAAACUUUUAUCAUCGUCUAAAACUCUAACUUAAUAACUUUUUCCAUAUCUGUAUAAAAUGGUAAUUUUAUUUUAACCCAUAACACCUAAGAAUAUUAACGUGGACGAAGUAAGCACAAUUUGAUAAUACACCUGACUAUAACAUUAACCAUUCCAUAACUAAGUUAUUAAAAGCAUUUUCUACAAUCUAAACUGAUAACAUAACAGAUUAACUAAAACUCCUCGUAUUAGUAGUUUUAAAUAUUAUAGGAGUUCAAUAAUUUCUAGAACAAUAAUAUUAUUAUGAAGUAGAUAGAGAUGCGUAGCUAUCUCGGUAUCGUAGAUAUUAUAAACCUUAUUAUUCGUAAAAAAAGUUAUCUAAUGAUCUAUGGAAAUAGUAGCAAUAUUUCCUAUGAAAUUCAUAUGUUUUAUUAUAUUAAUAUUACUUGCAAAUAAUAAUAAGACUUACGAAUUAAAAUGGGCGGAGAAUUCCUAAACUGAAAACUAAUACGAUUAUAAUAAAAUAUUCGUAGUAAAUAUAGAAAAUUAUAUAAAAAAAUACUCGUAUAUUAAAAAAAGUAACGUUUAUAACGAAAUGAAAUUAUAUGGAAAACAACAGUUCUGUGAUAGUUCCUUAUACAGUUUUAAAUCAUGAUUUUCUAGAGAUUUGCAUUUGUAGAUGGAAUGGAGACAAGCGUUGAGCGAUUAGUAAAUGAUUUUUUGAAUAUAUUUUUUUUUUCUGAAUAUAAUUUUUUACAUUUAUUACAUAAAAAAUAAAACCUAUCUAUGGCAGUAUAUAUCUGUUCAUAAUAAACUACAAUUUGUGUCCAUUCCAUUUAUUUUGUGUGUGUGGCGAAAAAAGAUCCAAAAUGCCAAAUUUUAAUAAAUUAAGAAUCCUCCUUAUGCUUCCAUUUUUCAUUACUACACAUUUCUAAUUUCACUUGUUCCUAUACUAUACACUAAUAUUAUUUUAGCUUCGAAAUAUUUUAGAUUUUAAGUUUCUGUCUUCGCAAGUCAAUUAUAUUUAGCUCGUUUAUUUUAAGAAUAUAUAACCUUUAUUUAUUUAGUUUUAAGUUGCCAAUCAUUGUACCUAUUUAUAGCUUUUGGUUCAAUAAAGUAUACCUAUGAACAGUA